UCAAGAGGACCUUGCAUUUUAUCAGCAACGACCGUGAACAUGAGCCUGAGGCCUGGCCAGCGCCUGCCGCCAAGGGCAACGGCGAUCUCGGGGCCCUACCUGACAGCAGAAAAGCGGCGGGAGCAGAGUGAUGAAGGCGAGCUGGGUGACAAAGAUCGCUUCAAGGCCAGGUGCAGCACUGGUGGGGUGCCCAGAAAACUAUGUUUGCCCAUGCCUCCAAGGACUUCAGUCAGUCUACUUCAAGCUGCUCAUGAUGAGCUUGUUGCCAUGGAGAUGGACAUACAAUCAAAGGAAACAGAGUUGACUCGCUGCAAGGCUGAGCUGCAGGAGAAAUAUGAUCAUGCGAACAGUCUCACUCUUGAGCUCCUUGAAGUCAAGAGCAGCUUGGAAGAGAAGGAAGAACGUUGCAAGGCAGCAGAGAUGAGGACUGCAGAAGUGGAGCUUUCUUUAAAAGAUGGCUACAUCGGUAUGCAACGUUUGCAGCAGAGACUGGCCACAUGCCAUCAUAUGAAGGACCAGCUGAUAGAAGAGAUGAGGGCAUUGGGAGAGUGCAGCGUUCAGUUCCCGAAUCUCCUGGCCGAUGCCAAGAAGAACUUGAUGAAGGCUUCGGAAAAGAUGGCAGCACUCAAAAAUAGACUGCGGGAACGUACUGCAGAACUUGAAGACUGCAAAAAGGAGUUGGAUGCAAAGUCUCAGCUGUACCAGGACACAGUUGACUCCAAGAUGGCUCUGGAAGAACAGCUCAGAGAGCUGCAGGAGGAUGUUGAACGUCUUACAGCGGACAAUGCCAAGUGCCAAGACAAGAUGCACUUUUUGGCCCAAGAGCAUAGUGCUGUUGUCACACAGAGAGACAGCCUGGAGGAGCAACUCAAGGUAGAAAAGGAAGAAAAAGCCUUGCUAGAAGAUUGCCUGAGAAAGCUGGCUGGAGGCAUCUGCACCCAGCUGGACUUGGAAAACACAUCAACACUGGAGAUCAUCGAAGCCUUGGGCAAUGCGCUACGCCAACUGCUGCUUGAACUCAACACUCUUCGCGACGAGGCAGCAGUUAAUGACAGCACCAUCAAAUCAUUGACUGCUGAGAAAGUUGUUUUGAUGGCUGAUAAACAGGCCUUGGAAGACAAGGUCAAAGACUUUGAUGAGCUUCAGAAAAUGAAGCAGCAGUUGGAAGACAAACUGAAAGUUCAGGUAGACACCAGAGAAGAGAUGAGACGAGAUUUCCAAGACACCCAGCGCAAAAUGUUGGACUACUUGGAACAGCUGCAACGUGAAAAUGCGGAGUAUUUUUCUGCUAUAGACAAGCGUUCACUCGAUCUGGUGUCCGAUUCACUUGACCUGCGAUCAGACCUUUGCGAUGCACAGUUUCACUGGAGGCAUCUGUGCAACAGGGUGGCUGAACUUGAUGAUGAGUGUGUUCAGAAGGACACGGAGCUGCAACGGUUGAACGGAGAGUGUGCAAACAGUGCCUCCACUAUAUGGGCCCUGAAGGCUGAGAAUGAACGCCUUUAUGAAGGUGUCACCAAUUUCGAGCUGCUUGCUUUGACCAGUGCUGAUGAUCUGGAACAAGCACAGAGUGAAAUAGCAUCACUAAAGGAAGCCCUAGCUGCAGCCCAGAUGGAAGUUGUUCCAGCAGAAGAACGGGAAAAAGCUGCCCUGCUGCUGCUUGAGAAGGAGACUCGGGCUUCCCACUUGGAAGAGAAGUUGAAGGAGAUGGAAGACACUCUGCAAAAGCUCACCGCGGAGAAAACAGCUGCGUGCGAUGCUGCAGAAGUUCUCAGUGAAGCCAAUCAAGGUUUGAAGGAUGCCAUGCUCAGCCUUGCCAAUGAGCUGACCCGUGAACGAGAGCUGAAGGAAAACAGGAGUGAGCUGACCUUUCUCAUGGCUCGUGCUGUCUGUGUUGAUCGUGAUGCACAAACAGAGGAGGCCGAAACGGUUGACACCGUCAUGCAGACAGAAAAUGCAGUCAAGGUUGACUGUGACCUGCAGACUGAUGACUCUACCAAAGCAGACUUAGGCUUCUUUCCAGAGAUUGACUGUGAAGUCCAGACUGAUGACACAGGUGACAAUGAAAUUGUCUCUAAGCUUGCAGGUGCGAAGCUGGAAGUGAAACGAUUGAACUUGUCAAUACGCCGACUUGGCUUUGAGAAAAAGGCUCUUGAGGAGAGCCAGAAGGCACGUGAAAGUGUGAUAGCAAAGGAGCAGAAUGCCCGCCUGGCCUUAGAAACGAAGGCGGAGAAGCUGACGAAUCAGAAUGAGCGCCUGAAGACGGAACUGUCGAACUUGAAGCAGAAGGUUCUAGCCCUGUCAUGUGAGCUGAACACUGUCAAGGAGACGGAAGCCAAGAAACAGGAGCGUCUUGACCAGCUCUACAAGCAGGCCAGAGAGGAGGUCCUGUUCCUGAAAAAAGCAAGCUCUGAUGCAACUCCCGGAAUCCAGCCCAUUCAGGUUGCGACACCCAUGGUGCGGCAGCCAGCCACACCAUCAGCUGCAAUAUCGGCAGUUGGUCCUGUCACACAUCAGACGAUGUUUACACCAGAGCCUACGGAAACACCACCGAAGUCUAGUAUUUCGUGGACCGCAGCAAAGACAGUAGCGUCGGCUACACCGCUGCGUGUUACAAGAGCAGCUGGUGAGAGCUCGUCCAGUGGUGAAUCGCAGCUCUCUGAAUUGGUGAACAAAAUUGAGAUGACAACAUCCAAAGCUGCACAGUCAAAGGAGAGAAACGCACAGGCUGGCGUCAGCAAGGAAGAGAGCGUGGGCAAGCACCCCGGAACAGCUAAGACGUCGAAGCAGCAGCCUGUGGAAAAGCCCUUGACAACACCACCAAGGAGGAGCAAGAGAGCUUCCACAUCUGUGACUCCACGUCAGCAAGGGCCAGAGAAGACCAGGUGCGGCAAGGCAAGCACAGAGGCGUCACCCUACAAUAUCGAGCUAUUUGCAGAAGUAGCUGAGGCACCUACUGCUGCCCGUGCACAGAGGGGAUCAGUGCGGACCAGCAAGAAUGAGAAGAAGGACUCUUCACUUAAACCUCAGGCUCAAAUGUCCGCUAAGUCAUCCCUGGCUUCACCCGCGGCUAAGAAAAGGAAGUUCUUCAAGUCAAACAACAGCGAAUGGGAUGCAUUCUUUGUAGUUUAA